AACAAGUAGCUAAGAAAGUAAAUAAAUAAAUUUAUAACUAAAACUAAAAUAAAUAUUUAUUAAAAAUUCCAUAAAAAAUAAUUGAAAUUUAAAAACGGAAUUUAUUAAAAAAAAUCUAAACAAAAUGUUUGUAAAAUCAAGUGCAACUUUAUUGAUGGUUUGUGGCCUAUUCACCCUGGCUGCCAGCAACUCUGUAUCCGCCGAUCAACAAGAUUGUCCUAUAGUUUGUCCUGCUCUCUAUGCACCCCUGUGUGCCACAAAUGGCAAACUUUUUAAGGAAUUCGACAAUACCUGUGAGCUUAGGGCCAGCAACUGUCGUUUGGAACGUUCUGCUUUAUCAAAAUACGUGGCCACUGUUAUGGACUGGUGUAGCACCGAAUUAGUUUCUGAUUUGGAUCAAUUGUUGGUGAAAUUGGACAAUUUGGAUUUACAAAUGCCCGAAUGUAUGAAACCCUGUGCCAUGAUUUACAGUCCCGUUUGUGUAUCCAAUGGCAAAUAUCGUACUUUGGUUAGCAACCAAUGUGUCAUGGAUAAUUUCAAUUGUGCUUUGGCCAAAAAGGGCAAAGAAGCUUUCAGAGUUUUACAACAGGGUUCUUGUUAAGAAUUAGUUAAACAACAAAAUUAUUAAUGUUUAACAAAACUUAAAUGUGAUUUAAAUAAAGUACUUA